AUGCCAAAUACCAAGACCGCGGUUUGCCCUGCGGGGAUCAUGAACAAGAUCGGCGUGCCACUGGACCGCAUCCACCCCGUGGCUAUUGUGGUUGGCAACCCUCCCUGGUUGGACCAUUUGGCUCACUUGGCAACCCGCCAUGAGGUCUUCAGCCAGUACAAAUCGCUUCGUUCAAUGGAGUUGGAGUACAACGGGCAGACGUUCUUCGCGUUGAGUUACGGGUACGGCGCUACAAACUUGCACCGUCUGCUGUGUGAGUUGGGCCUUUUCGGCGUUAGGUGCGUGAUUUUGGUCACGGAUUCGGUCAGUUUGACCCCUGGCCGCGUGCCUCGCAAGGCUUUCUGCGUGACAUACGCCGCCUGCCGUGGCGAAAACACGUCGACCAUCGAGGUCGACAUCAGCUACCCAGCCGUGGCGCACCCCGAUGCCGUUCGCGCGCUGCGUCAGUCGGCCAAGAAGAUGGGAAUCGCAACUCGUUUGACGCGGUCGUUGACUCGCGACACGGUCUAUCCGCCGAGGGUCGAUCGCGGCAACAGCCUCCGUGACGAGGUGUUGCAGACUGACGUCGACCUGGAGGACCGCGAAGUGUCCACGUUUUUGGUCGCGUGCAGCAUCCGUGGCAUAGUCGCCGGUGUGAUUUCUUGCAACGAGACUGAGGCCCACAGGUUCGACACCAAAACCGGCACUGUGGUGGAGGAUGAGGACGUGAUUGAGGCCAGAGGUAAGGCGAUGCGCAUCGCCAUGGGGGCAGCUGCGGAGUUGAGCGUCGACUACGCAUUCGACGAUUAG